GUUGGAGGUUACCGAGUUAUCAACAGCACGUUGACGAUCAUCCCUCGAAGUUUGCAAGUCGUUGUAUGUUUGGUGUGCGUUCGUUGGGUAAGGCUGACGUUGCACAAUUUUAGUAGGGAUUACAGCAUCACUUGGCGGGGUACAUGUCGAAGUUGACUGGGCCGAUCAAUGAAUCCUAUGGCGAUGUUCGGUACAUGUGAGGGAGGUGCUUGAUUUCCCCACCCUCGUCUGAUGGAGGUACGCAGUGGGUAUUCUGAUAGCAGAUGUGUGAUAUAAUAAGUAUACUCGCUAUACUGUCGUCGAGUCGGUCUGAGCAAAAGUGAUCCUCGACAGUCAAUUCGAGUACAUCAGAAUACCAUUCAUCCGACCUCAACCAUGGCAACGACCAUAGCACCACCUCCAGCGACCGAGCACUUCACACUCGACACUCCCACCUCAACACCACUCAUCUUCGAACCCUUCACCCUCCCCUCCACCAACCAACGCAUUCUCGGGCCUCCCCAUCCCCCCAACACGGUCACUCCCCUCGCCCUCAAACCCUCCACCCCAACCUCCACACCUCCCACCCUCCCCACCGUCCUCUCCACCAUCCGCACCCUCCAAAAAUCCCACACCCUCACCCAGAAGCUCUCCCAACACGGCGCCCUCCUCUUCCGCGACCUCCCCAUCACCAACGCAACCACCUUCUCUCAAUUCGCCCACGCCUUCGGCUUCUCCCCGCACGAAAUCAUCGGCAUCGUCGUAGACCGACCCCUCCUAGCCCCCAACGUCGCGCCCGCGAACGAAGCGCCAAAGGACGUCCUCAUAUACAACCACAACGAGUCGCCGCAGGUGCCGCACGCACCGGGUUACAUCUUCUUCUACGCGCACCGGGCGCCCGAGGUCGGCGGCGAGACGCCGAUAUCGUCGUCGCUUGAACUGUUCCAGCGCGCGAGGGAGGAGCUGCCGGAGUUUGUGGAGGCGCUUGCGAGUAAGGGGAUCAGGAGUCGGGUUACGUAUAAGGUGGAUAGGCAGUAUGAGGGGGGUUCGACGCUAGCGCAGGCGUUUGGGAAGGAGAUUGUGGAGGGGGAUGAUGAGGUGACGAGGAGGGCGAAGAUCGAGAGGCAGAUUGCGAGGUAUGGACGUGGGGAGCAUACGACGUGGGAGUGGGAGGAUGGCGGCGAUACGCUGGUCGUGACGCAUCAUUUGCCGGCGAUUAGGACGCAGCUGGGGACGGGGCUGCCGACGCUGUUCACGGGACUCGCGGCAUAUUAUCAUAGGAGUGUUGCUGGGGCGGAGGGCGAGAAGAGGAGGAAUGUCACGCAGCAGCUUUAUGGGGAUGGGACGCCGAUUCCGGAGGAGUAUAUCAAGAAGUUGGCGGAGAUUACGGAGGAGAUUCGUGUGUUGCAUAAGUGGCAGAGAGGCGAUGUUUUGGUUUAUGACAAUGUGAUCGCACAGCAUGGUCGACAACCUUGGGGUGGAGAGCAGGGAGAUCGUGUCGUGCUUGCGAGUCUCUUUGAUGGCGAGGAGGUUCCUGGAAGAUAUGGUAGUGAAGGGAGUUGGGCACAAGUCGUGAAGGCUUUGGAUGACUAGCUGGUGGUUAUAUUGAUCA